UCUUGUUUUGGUCGUUUUGGUAUAUACGUAGUUUGUGUCUGGUGAUGCGGGUGAUGAUUUUUAUUUUUUAAGCAGAAAAAACCGGAUUUUUUAAAGAACCAGUGACCGCCAGAACCGAAACUGUCGAAAAACAUAGGAGCAGACCUUAGUGAUUGUUGACACGCUGACUAAAUUUCCAUACGCCAUAGCUGCCGCCAAGCCUCUGGAUGUGCUGUGUUGCCACCUGUGCUGCGUCAACGAGCCAUCGGCACCUGAAAUGAGCAGCCAAAGUCAUAAGAUGUCUGGACCGCACCCGUCGACAACAAACAAACCAGCAAGCGAAGAGAUAGCACUAACAGCACGCUUCAGUGAGCAAAUGGCGCAACUCUGCAUGUCGCCCGAUUAUUCCGACGUAACGUUCAUAGUCGAGAAUGAAAAACUACCGGCGCACCGCGUCAUCCUGGCAGCCCGAAGUGAAUACUUUCGGGCUUUGCUUUACGGGGGUCUGUCGGAAACGCAUCAAGAUGAAAUUCAUCUCAAAAUCCCAUUGAAGGCUUUUAAAGCCCUGCUGAAAUAUAUCUACUCGGGAAACAUGUCUCUUGCUCAGAUGAAGGAAGAAAACAUACUGGACACGUUGGGUUUGGCCAAUCAGUACGGAUUUACGGACUUGGAAAUCGCCAUCUCAGACUACCUCCGACAAGUUCUGUCUCUGAGUAACGUCUGCGCGAUUCUCGAUGCUGCCAAGCUUUUUGGCCUGGACGGACUUAUCAACGUGUGCCAUUCGUUUCUCGAUCGAAAUGCGGGCGAGAUACUGCAGCACGAAACCUUCAAGAACCUAUCGCAGGAAUCGAUUUGCAGUCUGCUGAUGAGGGAUUCAUUUUUCGCUCCCGAAGUGCAGAUUUUCCAGGCCGUCGACGAGUGGUGCAAAUUGAACGGGGAGGGCAUCAAUGUCGAGGCAGUCGUGUCGAAGGUUCGUUUCUCGCUAAUGACACUGGAACAGUUGCUGCAUGUUGUGCGCCCGUCCGGUAUUCUGGAUCCGGACCAUCUGUUGGAUGCCAUUGCCGAUAAAACAGCGUCUACGCAGCUGCCGUACAGAGGAGCACUGUGGCCAGAAGAGAACGUCGCCUGUAAAGAGUUCAGCUCGCGAACCAUUCAAGGCGAGUACAGACCUGCACUGCUAGACGGGGACACCAACUCGUACGAUAUGGACAAAGGCUACACGCGGCAUUCGAUCAGCGAUACGGGUGUUACGCAGGGAAUCAUCGUUCAGCUUGGGAAAAUGUUCAUCAUUAAUCACAUCAGAAUUUUACUGUGGGACCGAGACACGAGGUCAUACUCGUACUACGUGGAAGUUUCGGUUGAUCAAGCGAACUGGGAACGGGUGGUAGACCAUACUGACUAUUUCUGCAGAUCGUGGCAAUUUUUGUACUUUCCAUCGCGUGCCGUUCGCUACAUUCGGCUGGUUGGAACUCAUAACACGGUCAACAAUAUAUUUCAUGUAGUCGCUUUAGAGGCGAUGUUCACUGAAAAAACAACUCCAGUGGUGAAUGGUAUAGUCGCGCCGAACUAUAACGUGGCAACGGUGGAUCGUAGUGCCACUGUGGUGGAAGGCGUUAGCCGUACACGGAAUGUACUAUUGAAUGGCGACGUGAAAAACUAUGACUGGGAUUCGGGAUACACCUGUCAUCAGCUUGGCAGUGGAGUAAUCUUAGUUCAGCUAGGACAACCUUACUGGAUUGGUUCGCUACGGCUACUGCUAUGGGAUUGUGAUGAACGAUCCUACAGCUUUUACAUCGAAACAUCAACCAAUUUAAAACAGUGGGAUAUGGUGGUUGAUAAGAAAAAUGACUUGUUGAAGUCUUGGCAGCAUUUUACUUUUGACCCUAAAAUAGUCGUGUACAUCAAAAUAGUGGGAACUCACAACACAGCAAAUGAGAUUUUCCACUGUGUUCACUUCGAGUGUCCGUCGCAGGAUCCAAAGUAUGUAAAAAAUGAAGUCCGCGACGGGAUGCUUCUGCUAGGGCUGGCAGGAAGCUCCUUGCAAUCGACGGCAGGCGGUGCCAUUACAUUGUCACCAUCAGCAGCCACGAGUCCGGAAUCAACGGAACCACAUCCCAGUACAAGUCGGGAGAGUACGGUCUCUACCAGAGAGCUGGUGGAUUAGGAACCCUCGUGGGUUCUUUUCUGUUUCAAACGGUUUCGUUGGAAGCCCAUUCGGGAUACACGGGAAACGGCUUUCGAUCAAUAAAUACAAUCUUCAGUUGGCUUCUGCAAUUUAAAGUUCGGCUGGAAGUUCAAAAACUUGUAAGGUUUAACUGGGAGAAAGUUUACUAAAUAUUUGCUUCAGCCUCGCUUGCCAUUAGAUUGCAAGUAUGUACAUCACAAUUGUAUAGUUUAUUUAUCUUUGCGAAUAGAUUGUUUCGGUAUUGUUUAAUUCCGGAGGUAUAGAAAUAAAAUAUGCAUAUUUAAUAAGGGAUUUUCAUAAUAAAGUGUUUGGUUCGCAUUACCUAUCCUA